CAGUAUUGCUAACUUCAAACUUCAAUGCAGUGAGCUUGAAUAGGUUAAUUUUAUAAUUUUUGCAAAAUUGUUUUUAUACCGUUCUUUGUACACUGAAAUAUGGAUUUCCAAAACCGACCAGGUGGAAAAACUGGCGGCGGCGGCGUAGCGUCAUGGUCCGAAACCAACCGCGACCGAAGGGAGAGGCUUCGUCAGCUCGCCCUCGAAACUAUAGACUUGCAGAAGGAUCCCUACUUUAUGAAAAACCACUUGGGUUCUUAUGAGUGCAAACUUUGCUUGACGUUGCACAACAACGAGGGCAGUUAUUUAGCUCACACGCAAGGCAAAAAGCAUCAAGCCAAUCUCGCUCGUCGUGCUGCUAAAGAGGCCAAGGACUGCCCGUCCCAAUUGCAACCUGAAAAACCAAGAGUUGAGCCAAAGAAGUUUGUUAAGAUUGGCAGACCGGGUUAUCGAGUGACAAAACAACGUGAUCCUGAAUGUGGUCAACAAAGCUUGCUGUUUCAGAUUGAUUAUCCAGAAAUUGCCGACUUGGUUUACCCACGUCAUCGCUUUAUGUCUGCAUACGAGCAAAAAAUUGAGCCUCCAGAUCGUAAAUGGCAAUACCUGCUGUUUGCCGCUGAGCCAUAUGAAACUAUCGCUUUCAAGGUGCCCAGUCGCGAGGUAGAAAAAACCGACAACAAAUUUUGGACCCAUUGGAAUAGAGAUACCAAGCAAUUCUUUCUCCAGUUCGCAUUUAAGAAUGAAGCAAAGAAGGCUACCGCUAUAAUUGCAAGAGGUCCAAAUAUUAUGGGAGGGGUACCGCCUCCUCCUAUGUUACCUGUUCCACCACCGCCCAGACCACCAAUGUUUAACCCCAUUCCUCCGCCUCCACCAAUUUUGGCUGGUGUUCUACCUGUACCACCUCCACCCCAUCACUAAUUCUAAGUGUAUUUUGUAUGUUCUUAUGUUGCAGUUGUGUCAACAUUGAUAUUGCAUUUAUAUUCCUAUAAAAAUUCUGUAAUGUAAUUUAAUUUACAAUAAAAGAAAAUGUAGAGGGAGUAAAAUGAU